CUGAACAUACGCAUACAAAACCGAAACAUCUCUCUCUCUCUCUCUCUCUCUCUCUCUCUCUCGCGUUCGCUCGCAAUGCCGGCGUCCUUGAACGGAGGUGGACCGAAUGAGAGACCCAAGGACGUGAUCCGGUUGGAGAGGGAGUCUGUAAUCCCCAUCCUCAAGCCCAAGCUCAUCGUCAAGCUCGCAGAACUCAUCGAACAUAGUUCUGACAGAACAGAAUUUCUGAAGCUCUGCAAGAGAGUUGAAUAUACAGUUCGAGCUUGGUACCUUCUUCAAUUUGAGGAUCUCAUGCAACUCUACUCCCUCUUUGAUCCAAUUUACGGUGCUGAGAAAUUGAAACAACAACAUUUAUCAUCCGAAGAGGUUGAUGUUCUUGAGCAGAACUUUCUGACAUAUUUAUUUCAGGUAAUGGAAAAAAGCAACUUCAAAAUUGUGACUGACGAGGAGAUAGAGGUUGCACAUUCAGGCCAAUAUCUCUUGAAUCUCCCUAUCAAAGUUGAUGAAUCCAAGCUUGACUGCAAGCUUUUGUCAAGGUAUUUUAAAGAACAUCCUAAAGAAAACCUACCAGAAUUUGCAGACAAGUACAUUAUCUUUCGUCGAGGCAUUGGAAUUGAUCGCACAACUGAUUUCUUUGUGAUGGAGAAGUUGGAUAUGAUCAUUGCUCGUAUGUGGGCAUGGUUCCUAAGGGUAACUUGGAUUCAGAAACUCUUGCCAAAAAAAUCAACAAAAUCUAAGAGAGAUCCAAAGAGAACUGAUGAAAUUAGUACCGAUGUAGAAGAUCAGGACUUAUUUGUGGAACGCAUUCGGAUUGAAAAUAUGGAGCUAAGUACAAAAAAAUUGCUUGGCAAGAUCACAAUACAGGAACCAACUUUUGAUAGGAUGAUUGUUGUGUACAGGCGAGCAAGCUCCAAGACUAGCACAGAUCGAGGGAUAUAUGUAAAGCAUUUUAAAAAUAUUCCCAUGGCUGAUAUGGAGUUGGUUUUGCCAGAAAAGAAAAACCCCAGUUUAACUCCAAUGGAUUGGGUACAAUUCCUUAUUUCUGCAGUCAUUGGACUUGUUACUCUUAUCACUUCUCUGGAAAUGCCAAAAGCUGAUUUUUGGGUUGUGAUAGCUGUCCUUUCUGGUCUUAUUGGCUAUUGUGCUAAGAUCUACUUCUCGUUUCAACAGAACAUGGCAACUUACCAAAAUCUAAUCACACAAUCAAUGUAUGACAAGCAACUGGAUAGUGGAAGAGGCACCCUUCUGCACUUGUGUGAUGAUGUGAUUCAGCAGGAAGUCAAAGAAGUGAUAAUUUCUUACUUUAUUUUAAUGGAGCAAGGAAAGGCUACCCUAGAAGAUCUUGACAUUCAGUGUGAGCAACUGAUUCAGGAAGAAUUUGACGAGAAAUGCAAUUUUGAUGUUGAGGAUGCUGUCCAAAAGUUGGAGAAGCUUGGCAUUGUUGCACGGGACUCAAUUGGAAGAAUAUACUGCCAUUCACUGAAACGAUCCAAUGAGAUCAUUGGCACAACCACUGAAGAAUUGGUGUUGAAAGCAGCACAAGGCCUUGCGGCUUAAUCUUUCAAGCUCAAAAAUGAUCAGACAUAAGAAGUUGCAGAAGAGCAUUUGCCGUGACAUCUUGUUCAAUCAGUGAAAAUUACAACCCCAGUAUCAAGAGUCCCGGCCGAGUGUAAUAAUACUUUCUGUACCUUUUUU